CAGACGUGUCAGUGAAAAAAACGGAAGCGUUCACUUGGUAACAGUCCGAGUCGGAUAAUUUAUCCCCGGGGCACCGUUUGCACACUUGUCUCCGCUUAGCAAUAAUGUUACUUAGACGCUGAAAAGUUUUCACAGGCAUCCAUUCGCUAACUCACUGCAGGUUGCAAGUGUCCGAAGUGAGAGCGUCCGACUGUCCACUCAUCUCCUCUGGAUCGUAUUAGGCUCCACACACAGUAUGGAAGAGAUCAAGACCGAGCCUGUGGAUUUUGUGAAGGAAUUCCAAGAAUAUCUGACCCAGCAGACCCAGCAUGUCAACAUGAUCUCGGGCUCUGUUUGCGGAGACAAAGAGCCGGGGGAGCCGUUUCAAGCCGUUGCCCCCAGAACUGAGCAGAACGGUCUGGACCCCCCGUCGGUGGACGUGAGCCUGCCGAUGGAGGAUGGGCCAGAUGUCCAGGUGGACGGCCUGGAGAGGACCUGCGAUGGGAAGUACAAGUGCAGCUACUGCAGCUACGCCAACAAGGGCAUGGCUCGUUUAAUAGAGCACAUCCGCAUCCACACAGGAGAGAAGCCUCAUCGCUGCCAGCUGUGCCCAUUUGCCUCGGCGUACGAGCGCCACUUGGAAGCCCACGUGCGCUCGCACACGGGUGAGAAACCUUACAAGUGUGACGUCUGCGCCUUCCGCUGUAGUGACCGUAGCAACCUGUCGCACCACCGCCGCCGACGCCACAAGCUCCUCCCCACCAGGGCCGUCCGCUCUUCUUUCUCCAACAAAAGAAUGCUGAGCUCCCUGCAGAAGAGGACCGCCUCGUUGGGCUUCAGCAGGCGAAUGCUCGUCAACUACAACCCUCCCUCCAUGGGGACGUCGAAGUCGGAUUAUCUAAAUGACAUGUCUCCCAAGAUCCACCACCAUAUGCACAGCAGCGAUCAAAAUAACCAUCCCAAGGUGGAUGAGAAUGACAGUCGCAAAAGAGAUGCUAAUUGUUUUACUUUCAUUAACCCACUGGACCAGCUGUCUACACUUGCCGGUCAGUUAGCCGACCUUCAUCCCGAGUCUCAGGCCCCUGCAUCCCCGGACAGGGAGUCCUUAAAGGACGAGAAGCCCAUUCUCAUACAGCAUGUCUCUAGUGAACAUGCAGCCAUAUGUUCAAAUGGAAUGCAGACUUCACCGCCUAAAAAUGAAUCUCCCACCUCAGGCCACGGGAGUUGCAGUCCUGCUCCCGGCCUCGGCUUUGAGGACAGCUUGAACACAGUGACUGCGAGUCUCAGCAACAGCUUGCCGAGCACACCCGCCCCUGCCCUGCCCGCGGCGGACCAACAGCUCUUAAAUAAAUGCCAGCACUGUGAUAUUCACUUUCUGGAUAACAUCCUCUACACCAUUCACAUGGGCUGUCAUGGCUACGAACAUCCAUUUCAGUGCAACAUCUGUGGUCACAUGUGUGUAGACAAAUACAACUUUUCAUGCCAUUUUGCUCGUGGACAACAUAUAAAGUGAUUCCAAGCAACAUCGAUGAAUAUGGUGUCUUUCCUCCUUGUGUUGUCAACAUAUUGCUUUUACAGCAUCUAAACGUUGGUAACUCUGAAUUACAUUUCAUAUUUUUCUUCUGUACAGUUUACUACAGAUUGAUAAAUACAAAUGGUGGACAAAACAAGAGAAACAUCUUGAAUUCUUCCUUCUAUGCUAAUGUAGCUUCUUGUGUACAUAUCGGAUCCACAAGACAUUUAAAUAAAUCACCAGCUCUGUAUUCAUUGUGGGGCUGUUUAACUGUACAUUUUUUUCUAUAAUUUUUUUUCUAUCAUCUGUAUAGCCCUAUUAGGCUAGUUUUAAAUUAUUUCUUUUCAUCUCAGUGUCUAACAUUUCGUUGUGAGAAAAUUAAGUGUGAUGUCUAAGACUGGCUGCUUAAUUGGUUUCUUUUUCUCUUUAAAAGUUUGUGUAGCCAGACUCAUAAUCCUGCUUGCUGUUCUAAUAUUUAUUUAUGCCACUCCAUGAAACUAUUUUUAUAUUCACAAGCUGUUAGUAUACACUUCUGUGUAAAGUAGCAAAUGUUGAAACACUGUAAAGAUCCUUGUGACUAAGAUGUAAUGUAAAAUAAUGUUAAUUUUAUUUGAAUUAAUAGCUUUUGAUUUGUGUAAAUCUUGGGUCUAAAGCAAAGACUUAUUCAGUUGGUUCACUUGUUUGUAUGUGAUUAUCUUAUGGACAAUGAUCAAUGAGUUUCUAUCUUGUAGCGAUUAAGUAUAUCAUUUGUAUUCUGACACCAUAUUAGCAGAGACUUUGUCGAUGAUCAUGAUUGCAUCACAGUAUCUUCAGUUUAAAAUAAGAGUGUAAUAGUUUGGCUUAAAAAAAAAUAUUUAUUUCAAGUUUUUUAAUUACAAGAUAAAAUAGUAUAUAUACAUUUUAUUUCUUUUCCACAAUGACCAUAACAAGUACAUUUUAUUUACAUUGAAUUAAAUACAGAGUGUCACGCAUUUUCUUGAGAUGUUUGAUGCAAUCAAAUAAAGUCAUUUAUUUUCAUG